AUGGACACCGUCGAAAGAGGCUCUACGACUUUGUGCACACGCAGUCGUCUCAGCUCCGUGUGGGAGAAACAAUCAGCGGCCAUCUUUUUAUGGCCCAUUCUGCUACACGUUCCCUUUCGUCAUCGAGUGUGUUGCUCACUCCGGGGGGGGGUCGUAGAUGGGGUGUGCUGUACUGUUCCUUCUUCCUACUGCUUUGCCCCUUAUCUACCUCCUACGCCUCGUCUCCUCAGCUCUUUCCAGAUGUUCUCACGCCGUUAUCGAGAUCCCCUCUCGGUGGUCGGCGCCAGCACGCAUGCCGCUCACCAGUUACCUGCGCUCUGCAGCUCGAUACGUACCAUGUCUCGAUUUUCAGCAAACUCCUUCUCUACCUUUGCGACUCCCAGCCCAUCAGCAUCUCCUCAAGCACUUGCUGCUCCGCAGAGUGCGUGGGCACAGAGAUGGUUGGCUGUGCAGUCUCUAGUAGCCAUAGCACCAAGCUACUUCUCAUCCGCGCUUCAGUCGCGCUACACCCGCGUGCCUGUCACCGAAGCACAGCCCCAACAGGCCUCUAGCACGUCAAACUCGCUCUCAGACGUAAUGGCGACCAUUUGGCGCCUCUCCUAUGCGGACCGGCUGCACCGCCAUCUCCGUGUGCCUCCUCACCUGGAAGACAGCCAGAAGCUUGACGCUCUCCUUCACACCCUUUGUCGGCGGCCCACCCGCAGCGUCUCGAGCACGGCCUGUCAUAGGUGGGGUGUCCUACUGAGCAAGAGCAACGAUAGCAAAGGAAGCGGCGGCAGUGGCAGGGACAGCAGCAGAGGUGAGGACGAUGGGGCAGGAGAAGAGGGGGAGGACAAGCCGGAGGACUGGAUCGUGCCACGCACCUGCCUCUUUGUCAUCACCAUGAUUGCUAUUACGGCAGUGUUGUAUCAACUGGCGCAGCCGAGCGGCACGCACACGGGCUGGGCCUCGUUGAACAAGCACGCGGGUGAGAUCAAGGCGGCGGUGCUGUACGACAACUACCUGCAGGUGUACAUGGAUGACGCCAAGGUGUACCUGGGACUUCUCAACGACCAGGACACGCAGCGCCACAUGGACGAGCUGGCGGAUAACUACCGCGCUGCUCGACUGCAGGCGGUGGAGACGCAGCAGCGGCAGAGUGAGAAGACCCACACAGACGACGAAGAGCAGGAGCACGGCAACAAGCUGCCCACGGCCGUCGACAGACCUGUAGAGCUUGAGGUGACCCGGAAGGGUCGACCAUAUGCCGAGACGGCACUAGUUGGGGUCGGUGCCUUUGCUUGGGUGGUGCCGUUUAUCUUCUUCCCGGUGUUUGUCAUGUUCCUCUCGCAGUACAUCGGCAAGUCGAUGAGCUACGCAGUGGAGGCGACGAAGGGGAGGACGAAGACGAAGGAAAUGGCCUUCCGCGUCGAGACAGCUUCGAACACGCGCUUCCGCGACAUUGCUGGGAUGAGGGAGCCGAAGAAGGAGAUCACCGAGAUUGUGGACUUCCUGCGCCACCCGGAGCGAUACACGAAGCUAGGCGCGAAGAUCCCCACCGGCGCCAUCCUGCUCGGACCACCCGGCACUGGCAAGACACUGCUCGCGAAGGCUGUGGCAGGGGAGAGCGGGGUCGGCUUUAUCCCGGCGAUCGGCUCUGACUUCGUCGAGCUCUACGUCGGCAUGGGUGCGCUGCGGGUGCGGCAGCUGUUCAAAGAGGCGCGCAAGCAGCGAUGCAUCGUUUACAUCGACGAGAUCGAUGCGAUAGGCCUGAAGCGGCAGGGGGCAGGUCAUGGAGAGAAGCAGGAACAGGAGCAGACCCUAAACGAACUGCUCACUCAGCUGGACGGCUUCAGCACCGGGCGACGCGGCGAUGUGAUGGUGCUGGCCUCCAGCAACGUGGCGCAGGAGGCGUUGGACCCGGCCCUAAUCCGUCCAGGCCGCUUUGACCGCAUCAUUCACGUCGACACGCCAGUAAUCUCCGAGCGCAUCGACAUCUUCAAAGUCCACCUCAGCAAACUGAAGCUCACCUCUGAUGACGCUCACGGCGACUCAGCUGCGGCAACAACAGCAACGGCAGCAGCAGCGGAGGGAGACGCUGCAGGUGUUGGUGCUUCAGCUGAGCCGCCAUUAGCGGUGCCGGCUUCCACGGAGACAAGUCUCGUUCUGUCGCAGGUGAAGACAGAGAAGGAGGGUGAGACUGAGGAGGAGGACGCAGAAAAGAGCGGGAGUAGCGCAGCAGUGCCAAGGGAGGCCAAGAGAAUCCCCUCCGGCACCCACAGCAGCAGCGCUCACGAGUUCGACUUCCGUUCCCUUCUCAUGCAGAAGUCUGAGAGGGAGCGAGCGUUGAUUGACGCAUACGCGCAACGCAUGAGCAACCUCUGCCCAGGCUUCGUUGGUGCCGACAUCGCGAAUGUCUGCAACGAAGCCGCCAUCCUUGCCGCGCGGGAAAGGGCCCCCCACGUUGACAUUAGCCACCUUGAGCGCUCGAUUGACCGCGUGCUCGCCGGAAUUGAGCACCGCAGCCGUACGCUCUCCGAUUUCGAAAAGAAUGUCGUUGCGCACCACGAGGCGGGUCACGCGGUGGCCGGCUGGUUUCUCAACCGCGCCGAUCCACUAAUGAAGGUGUCCAUUGUGCCACGCGGCGGAUCCGCGCUGGGCUACGCGCAGUAUCUGCCCAACGAGAACUUCACCCGCACGGCGAAGGAGAUUCGCGACUCGAUCAGCGUGACGCUCGGCGGACGAGCGGCGGAGGAGAUCUUCUUCAAUCAUCUCUCCACCGGCGCCUCGGACGACCUCCGCAAGGUAGGGCGGUUGGCUUAUCAGUACAUCUCGUCUUUCGCCCCCGGCUCCGUGUAUCCGCCCCCUGGCAGCAGCAGCACCCGCCUGGUGAAGCCGUUUGGCGUGGACAAGGCAAACGAUUUUGACCGUCGUGCAAAAAAGGUAGUGGACGAAGUCUACGCUGAUACGCUGGCGCUGCUGACGAAGCACAAGGACGACAUGAAGAAGUUGGCUGACCAUCUGCUGAAGCACGAGCUGCUCACCUACGCGGACGUCGUGCACUACCUCGGCGAGCGCACCACUCGGCAGAGCGACAAAAAGAAAGGUGUCUAG